UCGCUCAGAGUCAAAGAAAUUUCUUCAUUUGUAUACGUGAAAAGCUUUCCAUGGAGAGUAAACAUGUAUCUGUGGAUAUUUAACCUCGUCUGUUCAGCUGUGUACGGCAUAAGCCGUAUUUCAGAGCCAGCUUUGAAAGCUGUUAACUUUGCCAAAGAGUUAGAAGGAAAAAAGCUGAACGGAAGCCUGAUAAAAGAAAUAGAAGUGGAUUCGGAAAGUUCUUGUCGGUUUGAGUGUGUCAAUAAAGAGCGAUGUCAAUCUUACAACUUUGGAACCAUAGAGGGCGACUCAGGGAAAUUCAAAUGUCAGCUAAGCGACUCUGAUCGAUUUGUUGGAUUUGCUAACUUUACCGAGGAUGAACAUUUCAUUUACAGAGGAAUAAUGGUAAGCUGAAUCUCUUUUAGCGUAUCAAAAAUUACUUGAGGCUCAAUGAUUGAAUUUUAUCUCUGAAAUCGAAGCUGGAUCUAUUUAAAAUGUUUUCUAACUGUAAUGCAUCAACCUUACUCUGCCUAACUUAUGUCACUAAAGUUUUUAAGAAUUUAAGAUUCUUGCGCCAACCUGGUGGGAAAUUUGCUGGUGUUUGUGUCACGGAAAGAAGCCUGGUAGAGCCAUGAUAAACAGAAAAAGUUAGACCUUGAUAAAAAGUACUAAAACUAUUUUGAGGAAAUAAUUGUUGCAAUCGAUUUUUUACAAUAAGGGAAAUAAACCUUACUUUAUUUUUAACAUAAAUCCUGCCGAUGAAGAUUCAAGCGUUUUCCCAUCCGUGCAUCAGUCGAUUUAUGGAAGUUUUGCCCCAUCACAAGUUCGCCGCCUUAAAGCAAAACAAGUUUAUCCUAACUCUUUCAGCGCGUUAUAGCUGGCACUCAUGAAAUUAUCACCCAAGAACGAAAGAGUAUUUUUGACCAAUUUCAGAAAGCUGUCUAACGGAUGUUUUUAAAUACAUUAUGGCGAACCUCUGAAAAAACGCAUAUCAAAACUUAAAUGCUUACCAAAUCCCUUAUAUAUCACACAAUUUAGGAAUACAAACGAUUUCUUGCUGCGUGUGAUGUGUUAGGAGGAGUAAACUUGUCAAGUUUUGGAAGUUUAGAUGUCGCAGGAGAUUAAAAAAGGGCCUUUUGCAGGUUUGAUUAUUGAGAGCUCUCAAAAACAAUUUUAAACGUAUUUUCAGAAACCAAUGUGGUUUUAUUUACUUAAUACCAAUAACAGUUUAAUGGGUAAAGUUUGAGGCAAAACUUUUUUCCGAUGAAAAACGCCUUGGACCGCUCUUACAGAGAUCGCCAGUUGAGUUUUCACCAAGCCAAUGAAAAAAAUAUUAUUUGGAAGGUUAAAAGAGAUUUUUUAAAGCUUGGAAUAUCGAUGUUUGUCUUACAACUUCCUUCCCAUCCAUGGGAAGGCGGCCAACAGAUGCCAGCUAAGUGGCUCGGAUCGAUUUAUGUGUCAGGUGAAUUUUACAAAAGGGUAUAAAGCAUUAUAUAGAGGAAUACAGGCAAAAAAACGACUAACUCUUUGGAUGGUGCAGCAAUUUUGGUACUGUUUAUCUUGCAUUGUGAGUUAGUAAUUACUGGGUCUUGAGGACACAUGCCGAGCUUGGAAAGGUUGGGAAGUUGAAAUGAUUACAACACGAUAAAACACUUGAAACUCUAGCUUUUUAAAAUGUUUUUUGUAUCUACGGGGUUUUAUCAGCCUUUAUAAACAACUAGGUCGUAUUAAUGAAGCUGUUUCACGUUUCAAUUGAGUCAACUGAUUCCAAAGAAUACAAUAUCUUUCUAGAGUUAUUGGUGCCGAGGAGCACCUGUUAUGAAGACCGCAGAGGUUCUCGUCAGAGAAGGAACGAGAACUCCUCACUAAGGCAUCCUUUCGUGAAAUGAAUGUACCUUAAGAUGAAUCAUAAUCUAAUACAAAUUUCAUUUAAAGAGUUAUGGUUGAUGAAAUGUAAUUAGAAAUAACACAGAAGACUCCAACAUAGGAAUAAAUCUAGAAAUAAAGAGGGAUGCUGCCGUCGUCAGCCAGAAAAAAUUGUCAAAUAAAGGAAGACAGCAAUAUGUUAACAGCUUUCCAUAAUUUGUAAUAAUACAAGAAUAGAAUUGCAUAAUCUGAGUUCUGUAUUUAUUUAAGAUAUUUUAUUCACUUGUAAUUUGCAGUUGUAGCAUUCAAAUGCCGAAUUUUUUUUUCUUAAGCUUACUAAUAGAGUUUGUCUUCAUGUCGUGUUAGUUAUGUAAGGAAGUGUAAUAUAUAUCUAUAGAGUUUUUGUAACCACUUGGAUCCUCUUAAAGCCGUUGCUCGACGAAAUCAUCAGUUAAAUAAAGGCAAUGAUGGGAUAGGGGAAAGGAUUAGUAAACUCAUUUCAGGAAUUUCUCCACAUCGUGUGGUAUAUUUGACCCUUUUUUUCAUUUAAUAAUUAAUUUUGUUUAAACAAGAGCUCGAGAAAAACAAAUGAUAAAAUAUAUGAAUGAUUUUCUUAUUGAGUUAAGACUCCACGAAGGGAGACGCUCGCCAAUGGUAAUUUUUGGCUUUGCCUUUGAUUUUCUUCAAUUUUCUUCAGUGAAAGCUCUCAUAAUUUUCACAAUUUAUGAAAUUUGUCCAGCCGAUCAUUUAAAAGCCGAAAUUUUCUUAGGUACUUACAAGUUUUUGUUCCACCAAAGGAAACGCGAUAAAUCUUGCUCGAAAGAUCCCUAUUUUCUUUGUCGCAAAACAGCACGUAAUAGAAUAGAACUUCGCCAAAAUCUGUAUCUGAGCAUGCGUAAACUUUCGAAUCUGUCGCGAUCUGUCGCCUGUUGGUAAUUUUUCCCACGGUGUUUUCUUUUGGGUUGACUUCUUUUUCAGGCGUAGAAGGCCUAUAAAUAUUCCGGGUGUAGUUGCUGGAAACCCAAGAUUCCAUUAAAUAGAAACUGUUUAACUGUUUUUAACACACGAAUAAAGGGGGUAAGUUUCUAAAGAAACUGUGGUGCUGCGUCGGUGGGAGAGUAGAGCAGGUAAUUUAGUGUUAACAACUGAGGUGAAAAUGUAAAUUGGCCACCGUAAAAGGUUGAAAGGCUGACCAUUCGAGCGGUAGCCCUUCGUCAGGCCAAUUUACGAUUCAACUCAGUUGUUAACACUAAAUUAACUGUUUUUAUCACACCUUUUCAGAUAACAAUCAUGCGAUCGUAUCGAGCCGCCAUGUCAUGCAUGUCGACACUUUUCAAGUUCGCGCUAUGUUCGCACACAGAUCUCGGUCACAAAACCCUAUAGAACCUCCUGAAACGAAAAAGUCUGCCAUCAUCCUUUUGAUAUCUCUUUGUAAACUGUUUUUCUUUCUUUAAUUUUAAGAGCACCUGCGAGGAAGAUGAUCCUUGCAAGGAGAAUGAAAUUUGUUUUGUUGACUACAAAUCAAACACCUGUGUUUGUAAGUGUAUUAGAGGUAAGUGAAGAUCUGUUCAGGGAAAGACAAAAACAUUUCUGGAAGAGAGACAUACUGAAAAUGUCGGGGACAGAUAAAACGGGUAGAUUAGCACCAGAUGAGGCAAGGGUAUGAAAGAUCAAGGGUGUAACGUCCAUGACAAAAACAUCUAAAGAGAGAUAGAGAGAGAGAGAGAGAGAGAGAGAGUGAGAGAGUUAGAAUAAAUAAUUUUUGUUAUCGUCAAAGCGUUUUACUUUUUUUUCGUUAUUUCUAGAUUGCCCGGCCAAGAACUGUCUUGACUAUUAUAAAAAUGGUUCAAAAACUGACGGUGUGUACUGGGUUUACCCUGAUGAAGAAGAACCCUUUCAAGUGCUGUGUGACAUGACAACUGAUGGCGGAGGAUGGACCACCUUUCAAAGGCGCAUGAAUGGCUCCGUGGACUUUUAUGUCGACUGGGAAUCAUACAAAAGAGGCUUUGGAAAUUUGGAGGGCGAGUUUUGGCUCGGAAACGAUUAUCUUCACCGUCUUACUGCAUCUGCCAGCAUGGUGUUUCGAAUUGAUAUGGAGGAUUACGAAGGCGACCGACGAUUUGCCGAGUACACGACUUUCGCUGUGACCGACGAAAGCGAUAAUUAUCGGGUGACAAUCGAUGGAUACCGAGGCACCGCAGGCGAUGCAUUGCUAUCUCUCAAUAGGCCUAUCAGGCAUGUUGCAUUGCAGGUUUUUCGACUUUGUUCUGAGAAUGACUAGUAAUAUAAGGGUAAUUUCUGAAAAGCUUGUGCCCAAGAAUUUGGAAAUACGUUGAUGAUGGUUUGUAGUCGAGGAUCCCUUAACCUGAUCAGUUUUUUCUACAAAUGGCAAAUCUAAGCUGAAGUAUCGCAUCCCGGAUGCAUCAAAGCCGAUCAAAUAUUUUAACUUCCAGUUGAUUGCUAACCAGGAUUGCUUCUCUCAACAUUAUUAUGACAUCAAAUUCCUGUUAACACUAUUAACCAAGAAAAUAUGUGUACUUGUUUACCAUUCCAUUCUCUCAAACUUUCCUGAUAGGGGAAUCUUUUCAUGUGCACUGUUGACAAUUAGUGCUGCUUGCAUAUUUUCUAUCAUGCAAUGCCAUCUGCACUUUACUGACUAUGAUAUUCUGUUAGAAGCAUUGCUGUCCGGCUCUUUCUCGGUUUCUUACGAAAUGCUUUUGAUAUCCUAGAGACAUGAGGUUUACAACCAAAGACAAAGAUAACGACGCUAAUACUGGUGGAAACUGUGCGUCAAGCUUUAAAGGUGGCUGGUGGUACAACUACUGCCAUAAUGCCAAUCCAAAUGGUUUGUUCAAAGGCGGAGGUAAUGCACAAGGUAUUACAUGGCAGUCAUUUCGAGGACAAUUAUAUUCUUUAAAGCACACCGAAAUCAAAAUUCGACCAGCAUGGUUUCAUUUGUGA